UACGUGUGUGUGCACAUAGAUCUAGGCGCAAUACAUAACAUUUGUCCCAGACUCCUUCGGAAAUAAACAAAAUCAUGGCAAAAAUCGUUGCUACGAAGGACCUUUUCCUGUGGAGCAUGUCUGCAAUUUACCUGUUUGCAUUCGCAUCUCUUUAUAUCCAGAUCCCAGGUCUUUAUGGCGCCAAUGGCAUCCUCCCAGCUGAAACCCAGCUCAAGACAAACGGCCGACACCUCAUCGCUUGCUUCAAGGAGAAGCCCACCCUCCUCUGGUUUGCGCCGGACCUUGGUCUCUCCGCGGAGCAUGCCAUGGAGCUCCUCUCCAUCCUAGGAUGUCUCCUCUCCAUUGUCUGCCUCGUCCGGGGGAUGAGGAACAGCAUCACCUUUGGAUGCCUCUGGAUCCUCUACCUCUCUGUUUAUCAGGUUGGUCAAACCUUCCUGUGGUUCCAAUGGGACAUCCUCCUCCUCGAGGCCGGUUUCCUCACCAUCCUCGUCGCACCCCUCUACCCCUUCAAGAGGCGAGACCCUGCCCCCCAUCACCACGACGCCAUCACCCUCUGGCUGGUCCGGUGGCUUCUCUUCCGCCUCAUGUUCGCCUCGGGCGUGGUCAAACUGACCAGUCGCUGCCCGACCUGGUGGGGGCUGACCGCCCUAAACUACCAUUAUGAAUCCCAGUGCAUCGUUACCCCGCUGGCCUGGUACGCACACCAGCUUCCAGAGUGGCUUCAGAGACUGAGCGUGGUAGCAACCUACUUUAUAGAGAUCGCUCUUCCAUUUCUCUUCUUUGCUCCCUUCAGAAGGCUCAAAUUAUUUGCAUUUUAUGGACAGAUACUUCUACAGGAGCUUAUAAUCCUUACAGGGAACUAUAAUUUCUUCAAUCUUCUGACGAUGGCACUGUGCAUCUCGCUUCUUGAUGACAGAUAUCUGGGCAAGGAUAAACAUUUCUAUUCAGGCACACCUGUCUCUAGGUUUCUACGCAGUGCGCUUUGUGUGUCGGUCUAUGCGGGUCUCUUCUAUGGGCUCAUAUACUACUUUGAACUCAAGCUGGACUUUGAAACAUUUAGUGUCACUUCGAAAAUAGCCUUCAGCGAGUAUGACUUCUUUACAGCACUCACAAACAUCAUGCCUUACACAGUAUGGAUGGGUAUCGUUUCUCUGGGAGCUGUCAUACUUACAGCACUUUGGAGGUCCCUUACUCUCAACUCUGGUGCCUUUGAUAAAUUCUGGUCUGUAUUCCAGUGCAGUGUUUUUGCCAUCAUUGCAGUUUUCAUGUUUACAAUAAGUCUGGUACCCCACUCUAUGGUAGAUCGACAGGCCUACAACAGUCUCUCACCAAUUGUUCAUAAAUGGAAGACCAACCUGGACGACCUCGGCAUUGUGAACUCCUACGGCCUCUUCCGUAGUAUGACAGGGGUCGGAGGUCGUCCAGAGGUCAUCGUGGAGGGCAGCAAUAACGCUGAUGCAGGCUGGCAGGCCUAUGAGUUUCUCUACAAGCCCGGUAAUGUCUCUGAGGCCCCAGUAUGGGUCGCUCCUCAUCAGCCCAGGUUGGAUUGGCAGAUGUGGUUUGCAGCAUUAGGGUCAUAUCAACGCAACCCAUGGUUCCUCAACAUGGUCUAUAGAUUACUUAAUGAUCAACCGGAAGUAAUGGCGCUGAUCAAACACAAUCCAUUUCCUGACGAACCACCCAAGUAUAUCCGAGCCAGACUAUUCCAUUAUCACUUUACAGAAUAUGGAACCGACGCCUCUGAUUGGUGGAAAAGGAAAGAAGUCAGUGAAUACCUACCUUCAGUUAGCCUUAAAAACCAGCGGUUCAUGGAGAUUAUUCAUAAAAAUGGAAUCAAAGUGAAAAAGACAACAAAGAAGAACAAAAGCAAGCAUGAACCCAACUUGUUAGAGCAGUUUGUGGUCUAUCUCCGGAGUCUGGUUGGUCAUCUAUCUGGAACCGUUCUAAUCCUCUCCUUAUUCUUGCCAAGUCUAUUCUAUGCUUUAUAUUAUAGGUGACAUGCCUAAUAUUUCCCACAGAUAUUGUGAUUUUUAAACAUUUGAUGCAUGCAUGCGUAGUGGUAAGAAGAUUGCAGGUUAAGUUGAGAGAGGUGGAGUCAUAUUAUAAAUUGGUCUCAUUCCUCUAUUUUAGUGUAUGCUUUUUAUUCUUAUCUCCAGGAAUAAUUUUAAUUGACAUUUAUUUUCAUCGUCAUGACAAUAUCUUCAAAGAUAAAAGAUGGAAUAUCGUAAAGAUAACAAUAUCAAAAUUACAUAUAAAUUGGCAUAUUAAUAUUCAAAUAUAAAGCAAAUACGAAAGUGUAAACCAUAUUACAAAUGGAAAAUGAUGCAUCCGUAAAAGCCAAUGGCCUGAAUUCCAACAGAGGUUUAAAUUAUGGUCUCAAAAACCUAGGAGGGGGUUUAAUCCCCCGUUUUUUUUUGUACCUCUGUUGUGAAUUUGGGGCAUUAAGACUUGACGAUUGAAUGCACCAGGCGCAGAAGUAAUAAAUAACAAAUUCUGAGAAGGAAAAGAAGUUUUUUUGGUAGGAACUGAACUUUUCCUCUUCAACUUGGCAACAAAAUGGCAAAAUAAUAUUAUAAUAAUAAUAAUAAUAAUCUUUUAAAGUCCACUCCAAAUUUAUUAAG